AUGGUGCCCAUGGUCAUCGAGCGGAGCAGCCGCGGCGAGCGCGCCUUCGACAUCUACUCGCGCCUGCUCAAGGAGCGCAUCAUCAUCCUCAACGGCCCCGUCCACGACGAGCUCGCGAGCGUCGUCACGGCCCAGCUCCUCUUCCUCGAGUCCGAGGACCCGACGAGCCCCAUCUCCAUGUACAUCAACUCGCCCGGCGGCGUCGUCACCGCCGGGCUCGCCAUCUACGACACGAUGCAGUACAUCCAGCCCGCCGUCGCGACGCUCUGCAUGGGCCAGGCCGCGUCCAUGGGCUCCCUCCUCCUCGCCGCGGGCGCGGACGGCAUGCGCAGGGCGCUGCCGAACGCGCAGAUCAUGCUCCACCAGCCGUCCGGCGGCGCGCAGGGCCAGGCGAGCGACAUCGCCAUCGUCGCCAAGGAGAUCCUCAAGACCCGCGCCAAGCUCAACGACAUCUACGUCCACCACACGAAGAAGCCCCUCGCCGACGUCGAGAAGGUCAUGGACCGCGACAGCUACUUCACCGCGCAGGAGGCCAUGGACUUCGGCGUCGUCGACGAGGUCGUCCACCCGCGGACGAAGGACUGA